AUGGAUGUUAUUGAAGAAUUGUUAAAAAGUAUAUCAAUUAAUGACUUCAAUAUCGGCUCCGCACACUGGGUGGACGUAACUCACAUAAACAAUCCACACAGCUUCUUUGUACGUCCUACAGUAUACAGAAAGUAUUUGCCUGUUGUGCAGGCAUAUGGAGAUAAUUUACUUCCUGCAGAUUUGCAGUUACAACAAAUCGUUGUUUUCAAGUCAAAGCUUAUGAAGUGUCAUGUUAGGGGUCAAGUAUUGUCUAUUCAAGAUGAGGACAGUGAAACUACAUGUGACCUAUACGCUCUAGAUAACGGUUGCAUUGAGAAAUCUGUGAAACUAAAGAAAGUGUAUAAACCAUUCCAUACCUUCAACAUUCCAACUCUAGCAAUACAUUGCCAGUUAGCAGAUUGUCAACCACAAAAUGAGACAUGGAGUCAAAAACCAAUAGAAUCUAUGAAAUAUUUUGUGGGUAAAGAGAGAGCUAGAAUUAUUAUAAGAGGAAAGACCAUAGAUUCACUUAUAGUGGAGUUGCAUAACUCAUGUCCUGAUGAUAUUGCUACUAUGUUGGCUUUAUGUGGCUACUCAACACUUGGAUAUGGUGAGAACAUGGUUAGUAGAUUUCCUUCAACAACUACUGAAAAACAUUACUUUACUUUUAAUGAACUUAAGGUUGGAGAAGAAAUUACUGUCCGUAUGCAGAUUGGUCAAUCAUUAACAUCAUUCUUUGUAGCGCAAGUUUCGGAUUACAAACGCUAUAUUAAUGAAAGAGAUAAUUUCACAUAUGCCUCUAAAAAACAACAAAUUUUGAGAUUAGAAGAUGUUAAAGCAGGUUUACCCGUUGGUGUACUAAUUGACACAUACAUGAAAUAUGAGAGAGCUGUAAUCAAAGAGAUUACAGUACCAGACAGUAGGGUUAAAGUACAACUAAUGGACUGGGGAAAGAUAUUAGAAGUCCCAUAUAAUUCAUUAAAACCUAUAUCACACCAAUUUAUCACUUAUCCUGCUAUGGCUAUAUAUUGUUGUGUAGAAGAAAACCAAACUUGGGAUAAUAGCCUAUAUAAAUUUUUGUACCCUGGUUAUGAAUUUAAGAUCACUGUUGUUGCAAUAGGUAAUAAAUUCGAUUCACCAUAUAUUGUUCAUAUAUCACCCAUAGUUUGA